GGAAGCCAACGGAGAUGACAGGAAAGCGCCACGCACCGGGAAGUAACUCUAGCACGGAGAGCUCGAGUAGUCACCCUUUACGGAAACCUAGGAAGUUCCAGAAACAGAUGUAUAGUGCUUCAGAAGCCACUCAUUCUCGGACAGACAUGUCGAUGGAAGCAAGCCCGGCCCACGUGGACACACCUUUUCCGCGAAGCGGGAAACCAUUGGCCUCCAUUAGACAAGGGAAGAGGCAAGGUGGUAACGGUUCGAAAAUGAAUAGCAAACAGUAUGAGACCGUGAGACUGAAUGUACAUGGACGGAGGAAAGAAUUUUACCCGCCAACAGUUUUCGAUUCAGACGACGAUGGUGCAAAACCCGACAAAGUUUUAAAACUAGACUGGGUCUAUGGUUACAGAGGUAAAGACGCCCGCUGCAACCUCUUUGUCAUCUCCGCGUCUGGCGAACUGCUGUACUUCGUUGGAGCCGUGGCUGUCCUUUAUGACAGACGAAAGGAGAUACAGCGUCAUUACUGUGGACAUAAUGAGGACAUAACCAGUAUGGCUUUACAUCCUGGAAAAAGGCUGGUUGCUUCUGGGCAACUUUCUGGCAAAACAUCAGAUUCGGCCUCUCACGUGCGAAUCUGGGACACGAUAUCACUGAGUACCUACUCUAUUAUCGGUCUGGGCGUGUUCCAGGCUGGUAUCAGUUCUGUGUCGUUUUCUGUUCAGAGCCAAGGAGAUUUUGUUCUGGUAGUGGAUGAUGGGGAGAAGCACACACUCAGUGUCUGGGAUUGGCAGAACUCCAAGCUGGCAGCAAAGACCACGCUGGCGUACAACGUCAAAUUUUCGAUAUAUGGAACGACAACCGACAUGGUAGUAUGGGGCAGAUUCCAUAACCUGGACGAUAGCAUUUUGGUGACGUACGGCAAACGUCACAUCUACUUUUGGCGUCUGGUGUGGACGUCACGACAAGAGGGGGAGGGGAGAAUCAUCCGUGACAAGGAGAGUGGCAUAUUCAGGGAUGAUAUUCCAAAAUUUGUGACGUCAUUGGCAUUUUCCCCUCUCGGAGACGUAGUUGUGGGUGAUUCUAAUGGAAACAUCACUGUGUGGAGUCGAGACGAAACGGAUGCUUUCAGAAUCAACCACGCAUGCUCAGACCACACCAAGAACGCCCAUAAGAAAAGCGUUUUCUCAUUGUGUUUUCUGGAAGACGGAACUCUCCUGUCCGGUGGAGGUAGCGAAAUUAAAACCUGGGACUCAGAGAAUUAUUAUCGGAUGAUAAAAGAACGAGCGUUACCAGAUAGCGCCGGUUAUAUACGGACGCUGGUGCCGGUAUCGGAGAGCGACGCCGACGGUGCGCUGUACAUCGGCACCACCAAGAACUUCGUACUGGAAGGUUCGCUACAGCACAAAUUCAAGUUUGUUAUUCAGGGGCACAGUGACAAGCUUUGGGCAUUGGCUGUCCACCCCAAGGAACCCUGUUUCUUCACGGCUGGGUUUGACAUGCAGGUGUGUAGAUGGUCUACCAUCAUGCACACGGUAGCAUGGAGGAUUCAGGUAGAGAAACCUUGUGUAUCCAUGACAAUCGACCCAAGUGGAAAUCUUCUCGUCGUUGGGACAACGGAUGGGAAAUUGAUUGUGAUGAGUGCCGGAAAUGGGUCUAACAUCUCUGCGACACAAGUCAGCUUGGAUAAGAUCACUGUCGUCAGAUUUUCUCCCAACGGCCAGACGGUAUCCGCGGGCUGCCAAGAUGGCACCGUCUGUCUGUAUGAAGUGAUGGAUGACGGCUUUUACCUGAGGAAGAUUGGCAAUCUGCAGGGACACAAGAAUGCCGUGACUCAAAUGGACUGGUCCAGUGAUAACAAGUUUCUACAGACAGUUUCUGCUGAUUACGACCUCUUCUUCUGGGAAGUGGAAGACCUUAAUCACGUGACUUCUGUCAGGGCGAUGCGUGACGUGGAUUGGUCCACACAAACAUGCGUGUUGUCCUAUAACAUCAUAGGCCCCUGGACGAACCUGAAGGCGGGUGAGGACAUCCGCUGUGUGAGUCGAUCGGGCUUUAGGGAGUACCUGGCUGUGGGGACAAACAGUGGGUCAGUGAAGCUGUACAAGUACCCUAGCUCUUGUCAGAAGGCACAGUGUUACUCGAAGAAGUCAUUCUCCUCACAAGUGACGAGUGUCCAGUUCGCUAUGGAAGACAGGUACAUCAUCUCAGCUGGCGGUACAGAGGCCGUCUUGAUGCAGUGGGCUUUGAAACCACUUCUCUCGUGAGACAGCACGAGAUCUCUCAUCAUACAGAAGGAACUGCUGUUAGCUUGCCCGCCAUUUCUGUGAUAAACAUGGCCGAUUCAGUUGAACUGAGUGUGGAGCCGUCUUAGCUUAAUGCAGUUAAGAUCCACACUGUGAGCAGACUGCUGCUUAUUUCUGUGAUAGGCCUACUUCCCGUUUUUCUGCAUAUGCUGGUCAAGCGAUUAAAGUGGAAGAUUACCCUCAAAAUAUGUAAGGCCAUUGAAAACUACAUGUGUAUCCUAUAAUAAAGCUAUUUAUUGUUUACAGAUGAAAUUUAAAUUAAAAUUAAAUGGUCGAUACCGUUGAAAGCCAGAGAUGUAAACUUAGUUUUUAUACUUUUAUUUUCAUCUUUGGGUGAAAGUCUUGUGACGUUUACAGAUGUGAUGACUACUUAUCCACAUAUCUCAGACAUUACAUUUAGUAUUUUGGAAUUAAUCUGACGUUUUGUGAUAUCUAAAUUGGUUAAUAAAUUUCAAAUUUUA